CAACAAAAAAAGUAUGGCCACCUGAUAAUACUAUACAACGACGUUUGUUGUUUUUCUAUGAAGCCGAUAGAGGUAAAGCAUGCACGUUAAUUGUUUGGAAGUUGAUAAUGGUUGAGUGCGUGGUGCAUACGAAAACCUUUAGGAGGUGAAUAGCAAUGUUGAUACGCAGGUUCAACGUGUAUGAUGCAGGGGAACUCAUCGUGCUCGCCAACCACGUCAAAACCGUGGAAUCCCUCCGCCGCCUCCACGCGCUCACGGUGACGUGCGGCCACUCAACCAACCUCUUCAUUGCUGCAAAGCUCAUCUCUCUCUACGACUCUCUCCAAAACGACCACGUUUCCUGUUCCACCCUCUUCCACUCUCUUCCCUCCAAAGACACCUUCGUCUACAACUCCUUCCUCAAAUCCCUCUUCUCCCGUUCCCUCUUCCCCCACGCUCUCACCCUCUUCUCACACAUGACACGCGCCUCCAACCUCUCUCCCAACCACUUCACUCUCCCCAUCGUUGUCUCCGCCUCUGCGCACCUCUCGCUCCUCCCCCACGGCGCCUCGCUCCACGCCCUCGCCUUCAAAACUGGCCUCUUCCAUUCUUCCUCCGCCUCCUUCGUGUCGUUCUACUCGCGCUGUGGUGAAAUGGACCUUGCAUGCAAGGUGUUUGAUGAAAUUCCUGUUCGGGAUGUGGCUGCUUGGACUGCGCUUAUUAUCGGCCACGUGCAGAAUGGGGAGCCGGAGAAGGGUUUGAAGUGUCUCCGUGACAUGCAUGAGGUUGGUGAGGAUACUCAAAAGCCCAACGUUAGAACGUGGGAGGGUGGGUUUCUCGCGUGUGGGAAUCUCGGGGCUGCGAGAGAAGGCGCUUGCUUGCAUGGUGUGGUUAUCAAAGACGGGGUUGCUUCUUUUCUACAGUCUUCCGUUUUGGCUAUGUAUUCCAAAUGUGGGUUCCCUCGAGAAGCGUAUCGAGCAUUUUGCGAGGUGAUUCACAAAGAUCUCUUGUCUUGGACGUCCAUCAUCGGGGUUUGUGCGAGGUUUGGGAUGAUGGGGGAGUGUGUGAAGUUGUAUAGAGAAAUGCAGGAAAACGAAAUACGUCCAGAUGGGAUUGUUAUUGGCUGCAUGCUUUCGGGGUUUGGUAAUUCCAUGGAUGUGUCUCAAGGGAAAGCGUUUCACGGAGUGAUUAUAAGGAGACAGUACGUGGAUGCUGAGGAAGUUAAUGAUUUGCUGUUAUUUAUGUACUGCAAGUUUGGAAUGAUGAGUUUGGCAGAGAGGAUUUUCCCAAUGUGUCGCGGGAGCGAAGAGUGCUGGAACUUUAUGGUUUUUGGGUAUGAUAGAAUGGGGGAGGGCGUGAAGUGUGUUGAGCUCUUCAGGGAGAUGCAAUGUGUUGGUAUUCGUUCUGAUUCAAUUGGAGUAGUUUCAGCUAUUGCCUCGUGUGCUCAGUUGGGAGCAGUUAAUUUGGGAAGGUCGAUUCAUUGCAACGCGAUAAAGGGUUUUUUGGAUGCUAACAUCGCAGUCACCAACUCGCUCAUAGAGAUUUAUGGAAAAUGUGGUAGGAUGACCUAUGCAUCGAGAAUAUUUAACAGGUCGCAGAGGGAUGUUGUGUCGUGGAACACUUUGAUUUCGUCUCAUGUUCACAUCAAGCAGCAUGAAGAUGCUGUAGAUUUAUUUGAUAAAAUGGUUAGAGAAGGACUGCAGCCCAAUACAGCCACACUUGUGGUAGUGCUUUCUGCAUGUUCCCACAUUGCAUCUCUAGAGAAAGGAGAAAGAGUUCACCGCUACAUAAAAGAAAGUGGUUUUAGAGUCAAUUUACCUCUUGGCACAGCGCUGGUUGAUAUGUAUGCUAAAUGUGGUCAGCUGCAAAAGUCAAGAAUGGUAUUUGACUCUAUGAUGGAGAAGGAUGAAAUUUGCUGGAAUGCAAUGAUUUCAGGCUAUGGAAUGAAUGGAUAUGCAGAAUCUGCUUUGGAGAUAUUCCGAAGUAUGGAGGAAUCAAACGUUAUGCCCAAUGAAAUUACCUUCCUCUCUCUUCUCUCAGCAUGUGCCCAUGCAGGACUUGCUGAAGAAGGAAAGUACGUGUUCGCGAGAAUGCUGAGUUAUUCUUUGAGUCCCAAUUUAAAGCACUACACUUGUAUGAUAGAUCUUUUGGGAAGAUCAGGUAAUCUGCAGGAAGCAAAGGCUAUGGUCCUAUCUAUGCCUAUUUCUCCAGACAGCGGUGUCUGGGGAGCUUUGUUAGGUCAUUGUAAAACUUACAAUCAAGUAGAGAUGGGAAUAAGUAUUGCAACUCAUGCUAUUGACUCUGAACCAGAAAAUGACGGCUACUAUGUUAUGUUGGCCAAUUUGUAUAGCUCCAUUGGGAGGUGGGAAGAAGCAGAAAAUGUGAGAAGGACAAUGAAAGAGAGGUGUUCAAUGGGAAAGAAAGCUGGUUGGAGUCUGCUCUGAGUUGAAACUUCACUUCCCUCGAAAAUUAAGAAAAUGUUAAAGAAAACCAUUGGAAGUUUACCAAGGGCCAACAUGCUUAAUCUUCUCAAGUUUGCUCAUUUUAUAAGCCAUUCAUGAGCUUUGUCGUUGAGCAAUUGAGCUAAGGAAGCUGACAUAUUAUUGUCAUGCAAUACUUUCCGCAUUGUAUUUGACACUACACAAAAUUAACCCUAUUGAUGGAGGCUUUAAUUCUGUAUAUCAUAAGAGUUCAUGUCUGAGGCACGUGAGGUUUGGCGGGAGGGAGAGAAGAUCGAGUUUCCAUACAGGUCAUUAAACGUGCUUCUGAAACCCGAUGACCUUUUUUCACUUACUUUCUCAGAUAGUUAAACAUGUGGCAGAGGAACGUGAGAGAAGCAUUGCUGAUUGGGGUAUUAAUUUUGACGACAUAGAGGCGUGAGCAGAAAAAGGGUGUUCAAGAACCUUUCGUUCUUCAUAAAUCUUCCAUCUUCAAGUUAGUGAGUCAUUUCAAGCAUCCCCUUAAUUUCUUUUCUUGUCUCAAUAUUCUUUUAUUGUCUCCUCAAUUUUCCAUAUGCAGGUAAAUCUCACUACACAACAUAAGAAUUUGAACAAGAGAUCAAGAACAAGAACACCACAAUUCCAUAGAAAAAGAAGGUUUGAGCGAUGGUUUCGUUUCGUUUCAGUAGAGAAAAGAUGUUUGCUAAAGCAGAAUACGGCGAAGGAGGGGCAAAGGCAGAGAGAUUACACUAAAGAAGGGUAGUGUGUGUUUUCAACGUGAAGGAACAGUGAAUGAGGACUCAGAGAUUUAAAAGAUUUGGGCUAUUGACAGUUAACCCACCCAACUCCAUCCACCCACUCUAUGUAUUUUCUUAUUUAUUUUUGAAAAUUCAUUAUUUUAAUUUUAAAUCAAAAUAUAUUCUGGUUUUUUCAAAAUUUGCACUUAUAUAGACUAAAAGCAAUACUCAUAGUCAUAUCAUGUAUACAAGUUUAGUUGUAAUUUAUAUUAUUAAUC